AUGGUUGAUAUUGCAAGGCAUGGCGGACAGAAACGACGAAAGGGACGAAUUUAUCAAUGCAUUUUGCUUGCAACGUUUACUGCGGGAUUUGCAGUAUUUAGCUCGUACGAUGCUGAAUUCCCCAUCCCGAUUGAGCAUGAAAUGUUCAGAGGCAUCACCUAUCUUUCCAAAGAUCCUCGGUGCCGAUACAAUGGAAACUGUCCCACAGGACAAACCUGCCGAGGAGGAACAUGUCGUCCUUACAUGAAUGAAACUAUAUUGACGCUCCGAAAACCUGUGCAUAGUGAAUGUGCAAGGGUAUGUUUGGAAGAACUCAAGGCAGACGAAUGGUGGUAUCAAGAGUCCAUACCAAUUGUCCAAGGAGAGUAUCCAUGGGACGGUGGGUGCAUAAUACAAUAUCAGAGGCAAGGCAAAGAUGAGUUUAGUCAGAAAUGGAAGCCGCCAUCAUUAGAAGAAUGGAUGCAACAACGAUACAGAUAUGUGUUGCGGGCCGAUCCCUCACGACAACGUGGAUUAGAGGCUCCUUCAAGCUGGUUUGCCCUCUGUGCACAGCCGUGUGAAUCGAAUCAAGAUUGCCCCAGCGAUAUGAAGUGCUUGGGACGACCGAAAUCUGAUAUCCCCCCUACCAUCUCUGCUGAACCAAAGAGUUGCGGUUCUCCAUCGCCUACUCGGUUCGCUGAUGAUCUAAUGAUUGUUUCUGGUUCCAACACAAGGUACUUUAAUGCACUCGAGAACUUUGCGGCAUCUUUAAAGUUUUGGGCCCCAAAGUCAAAGCUAGCCGUGUUCAAUUUGGGAAUGUCGGAAGAGCAACUAUUACAAGUCCGGAAAUGGCCAAACGUGCAUCGGAUACACUGGAGAAAUGGUUUUCCUUCGCGAUUUCCAGAACACAUUGACAACCUGCACAACUAUGCAUGGAAAUCCCUUGCGAUAAACGAGUCAGUGCAUGAAUACAAAUCAAUGUUUUGGUUAGAUGCUGGUGCAACCUUUUCGGGCCCGAUUGAUCCAAUCAGGGAGAUUAUCCAUCGAGACGGUAUCUUUCUAGUCAAAGGACAAGAUGCCCACAUGAAGGAUCUAUCUGUUCCCGAAACCUACAAAUGGUUCGGUUUUGAAAAAGAUUCCUUCGUGGGUGGGCCACAUUUUGCUGGCGGAAUACAAGGUCAUGUCCAUCCCUCUAGAUAUAUUGACACCAUUGUUCUCCCCAACGCUGAGUGUGCCAUGGACGCAAAGUGCAUAGACCCCGAGGGAAGCAGUUUGGGGAAUCAUCGCUUUGACCAAACAAGUCUGAGCAUACUUGCCUAUCAAUACCAUGUCCGACCCCAACACCACACAGAGUAUCUCGCCGCUGGUCGACAUCGAUUGAAUGAUGACAUGAAGAUUCCAAAUCGAAUCCGAAUGUGGACGGCGAGAGGAAGUUGUUCUUUCUAUUCGGAAAUGAAAUAUCUGUUGGCUCCAAAAUAA